UUCAUGUGAAAUAAACGUGCGCCAAGUACUUCAGUCUAGUUUCGCCGGUUGUUCAAUCCGCGCCCGUUCGCGAAGCGGUGGUUGACUAGAUUUGCUUCGAUACUAAGUAAAUAUAGAAAUCUAGAUUUUUUGUGGUUGCGGCAUUCAGUUAUCAGCUCCUCAUUAGAUAAGUGAAAUUGUUAAAAAAAUGCCGCUACCAAAAACAUUUGUCAAAGAUUUCCACGAUGAGGAAAGCUGCGCGCGCAUGGAAUAUCGCCCAUUUGGAAAAACUGGUCUAGAAGUAUCUGUGAUAUCGCUAGGUGGCGGUACUUUCAGUCAUCUCUAUGGGGACAUUGACGAAAAGGAAGCUAUCGCUACAAUUAGACAAGCUCUCAAAUCUGGGAUCAAUUACUUGGAUACCGCCCCCUUUUAUGGUCAAGGAAAGUCGGAGGAAAUCUAUGGAAAAGCAUUGAAGGGCAUUCCUCGUGAAGCUUAUUAUAUUGCAACAAAGAUCGGAAGAUACGAACUCGAACCAAAAAAUAUGUUCGAUUUCUCUGCCAAAAAGACAAGGGAAAGUGUUGAGAAAAGUUUGAAACUCCUAGGAUUGGACUAUGUCGACGUUAUUCAGAUUCACGAUAUCGAGUUCGCACCUAAUUUGGAUAUCGUACUCAACGAAACGUUGCCUGAAGUGGAAGCUAUUGUAAAAGAAGGUAAAGCGAAAUUCAUUGGAGUCACCGGCUAUCCAUUGAAAACUUUGAAGGAAUUCAUCUUAGCUGCACCCAAUCGCCUGGACAUGGUUCUCAGCUACGCAAGGCACACACUAUUCGAUAAAUCAUUCACGGAAUACUUGCCAUUCUUUGACGAACAAAACUUAGGUAUAGUAUGCGCAUCUGGUCACGGUUUGGGUUUGCUUACCAAUGAUGGACCACAGGAAUGGCAUCCAGGUCUGCAGGAUGUUAAAGAUUUAUGUAAAAAGGCGGCUUCACUUUGCAAAGAUGCCAACAUUGAUCUAGCCAAGUUAGCUAUGUACCAUUUUACUUCACUGGAGGGUCCGUCGACUUUUCUUAGUGGCAUGCGUACCAGAAAACAAUUGGAUACCAACCUUGCAGCAUUUGCGGAUGGGCUCAACAAGAAGGAACAGGAAAUGCUCAAACAACUUAAGGAAACAGUGUUCACAACGUCAUUGAACUGGGAGGGCGGCGAAGUGGAAAGAUAUUGGGCUGAAAUGAAAAAGAAGAAACAGCAAAACUCCAAAGCUUGAAGCAGCUGCAGAUAUUGCGAUCCAAUUUUCUUUUUAGAUAUUACACCACACUGUCCGCCGCGAAAUGCAACUUUGUAGAAACACGAAAAAAAGUUAAUAAAGCAAAUGUUGCAAUUAGAAAA